UUUUUCUUCUGUGUUUGGCUCUAUCUUCGACCGCUCUAAUGGCGUCGAGAAUCAGAGACCUUCAGCUCACGUCGAUCUCUGCUGCCGGAAGACCACCGGGGAUGUUCGUUCCGAUGGAUGAUUCCGGCGACCUUGAAGAUGUGAGGCUUUUGGAUUCUUAUGAGAGAGAGGAGAGGGAGAACAUGGGAUAUGAGGAAGAAAAUAUGAGGAGAAUUCAGGUUAGUGUCUCGGGUAUGACUUGUGCUGCUUGCUCCAAUUCUGUAGAGGCAGCCCUUGUUGGAAUCCGUGGGGUUGUAAGGGCUUCUGUUGCGUUGCUUCAGAAUAAGGCGGAUGUGGUGUUUGAUCCCAAGCUGGUCAAGGAUGAAGAUAUCAAGACUGCAAUUGAAGACGCUGGUUUUGAUGCUGAGAUUUUACCAGAUUCCAAUACAUUUGGAACAAAAUCACAGAAAACUUUGUUGGGGCAGUUCAGGAUAGGAGGUAUGACAUGUGCAGCUUGUGUAAAUUCUGUAGAAGGUAUUUUAAUAAAGCUCCCUGGCAUCAAACGAGCAACUGUGGCCUUGGCUACUUCAUUAGGAGAAGUUGAGUAUGAUCCAGCUGUCAUUAAUAAAGAUGAUAUAGUUAAUGCGAUAGAAGAUGCUGGUUUUGAGGCUGCAGUUGUACAGAGUGGUGAACAGGAUAAGAUUUUCUUGAUGGUAGCUGGGUUGUCCACUGAGUUGGAUCUACAACUUUUAGAUGGCAUACUUAGGGACUUGAAAGGGGUGAGGCAAUUUAAUUUCAACGAGACUCAGGCUGAACUAGAAGUUCUCUUUGAUCCUGAACUCAUAGGUUCCAGAUCUAUAGUUGAUAUGAUUGAAGGAGGAAGCAAUGGAAAAUUUAAAGUUAAUGUUCAGAGCCCUUAUUCGAGAAUGACUUCAAACCAUACAGUAGAGUCUUCAAACAUGUUGAAGCUUUUCAUUUUUAGUCUGUUUCUCAGUAUCCCUGUCUUCCUGAUACGGGUAGUUUGUCCCCACAUACACCUUUUCUAUUCUCUACUUCUUUGGCGAUGUGGGCCCUUCCUGAUGAGUGAUUGGUUGCAAUUUGCAUUGGUGAGUAUUGUUCAAUUUGUUAUUGCCAAGCGCUUUUAUGUAGCAGCUGCCAGAGCGCUGAGGAAUGGAUCGACAAACAUGGACGUUUUGGUUGCGCUGGGAACUUCAGCCUCUUAUUUCUACUCCGUCUUUGCCCUUCUAUAUGGUGCCAUCACUGGGGUCUGGUCGCAAACAUAUUUUGAGACUAGUACAAUGCUAAUAACGUUUGUGCUUUUGGGGAAGUAUUUGGAAACACUUGCCAAGGGAAAAACAUCAGAUGCUAUCAAGAAGUUGGUAGAACUUGCUCCAGCAACAGCUAUCUUGCUUGUCAAAGAUGCAGGAGGGAAGUGUAUUCAAGAAAGAGAGAUAGAUGCUUUUCUAAUUCAACCUGGUGACACACUAAAAGUUCUUCCUGGUUCCAAGGUUCCUACUGAUGGUGUGGUUGUGUGGGGUUCAAGUUAUGUUGAUGAGAGUAUGGUAACCGGUGAAUCUAAACCAGUUUUGAAGGAGGUCAAUUCAUUGGUUAUAGGAGGUACAAUGAAUUUUCAUGGUGCUCUUCACAUACAAGCCACUAAAGUAGGGUCUAACACAGUUUUGAGUCAGAUAAUUUCUUUGGUUGAGACAGCACAGAUGUCAAAAGCUCCCAUUCAGAAGUUUGCUGAUUUUGUUGCAAGCAUUUUUGUCCCUACAGUGGUUACAAUGUCAUUACUGACACUCUUGGGAUGGUAUAUUUGUGGAGCAUUUGGAAUGUACCCAGAGGAGUGGCUGCCUGAAAAUAGCAGCUGUUUUGUUUUUUCCCUUAUGUUUGCAAUAGCAGUUGUAGUGAUUGCAUGUCCUUGUGCUCUUGGAUUAGCAACACCAACUGCUAUCAUGGUUGCAACAGGCGUUGGUGCUAAUAAUGGUGUCCUAAUAAAAGGAGGAGAUGCUCUGGAAAGGGCUCAGAAGGUGAAGUAUGUGGUGUUCGAUAAAACAGGUACCCUUACACAGGGAAGACCCACAGUCACAACACUGAAAACUUAUACGGAAAUAGAUCGUGGAGACUUCCUUACUUUGGUUGCUUCUGCAGAGACUAGCAGCGAACACCCAUUGGCAAGAGCAUUGGUGAAUUAUGCUCGCCAUUUCCAUUUCUUCAAUGAGCCAUCUGCUGCUAAGGAUUCCGAUAAUGAACACAAAGAGUCUAAUACCUCUGGAUGGCUUUAUGAUGUCUUGGACUUUUCUGCUUUGCCAGGGAGAGGUGUUCAGUGCUUUAUAAAUGGGAAAAGGGUUUUGGUUGGGAACCGGAAACUGUUGCUUGAAAAUGGGGUUACUAUACCAGAUGAGGCUGAAAAUUUUUUGGUGGAAUUGGAGGAAAGUGGAAAAACAGGGAUACUUGUGGCAUAUAAUGACACUCUAAUUGGUGUAUUGGGACUAGCAGAUCCUCUUAAAAGAGAAGCUGCUGUUGUUGUAGAAGGCCUGAAGAAUUUGGGUGUCCAACCAGUCAUGGUAACGGGGGACAAUUGGAGGACAGCACGGGCUGUAGCUAAGGAGGUUGGCAUUCAAGAUGUGAGAGCAGAGGUGAUGCCGUCUGGAAAAGUUGAUGCUAUACGUUCAUUUCAGAAAGAUGGAAGCACAGUUGCAAUGGUGGGUGAUGGUAUCAAUGAUUCACCAGCUCUUGCGGCUGCAGAUGUUGGGAUAGCUAUUGGAGCAGGGACAGAUAUUGCUAUAGAAGCUGCCGAUUAUGUGUUGAUGAGGAAUAAUUUGGAAGAUGUCAUUACAGCCAUUGAUCUCUCGAGAAAAACCUUUGCCCGUAUCCGAUUGAAUUAUGUGUUUGCCAUGGGAUACAAUGUGGUUGCCAUCCCAGUUGCAGCAGGAGUUUUCUUCCCUUUACUGAGGUUCAGGUUGCCACCUUGGGUAGCUGGGGCAUGCAUGGCCCUUUCAUCUGUAACUGUUGUAUGUUCUUCUUUGCUUUUGAGAAGAUACAAAAGACCCAGACUUACAACUCUACUUGGGAUAACUAUAGAUUGAAAAUAAUAGCAUCAAUAAAAAGGAGGAGAAAAAGGAAAAAAGAAGAAUGGAAAAUGAUGUGGAAUGGAAUGGAUAUGAAAUAGCAUUCCAUAUCCCAAUUCAGAGUGUCAUUUUGUAGCAUGUUACUUUACCAUUAGGAGCGUUUGAAUCUGCACCACCAUUCUGUAUAAUGUCACAUGUACGUGUAUCUGUCUCCAUUUUCUACUGAUUGAAUGAAAGAAUUACAAUGUGUUCCAUGAUC